UGCGUACUGCACACGUGUUCAGCAUGGCGUAGGAAAGACAUGAUUCCAUGCGCAUCUCAAGAACAAUCAACAUACCUCCUCAAACAGAGUUCGCAGCUCUGUUGUAGAUGGAGCUUCUUUUUUCAUAGCACAUGUCGCCCAGAUACCCGUGUCGCCGGGCUGUAUGUUACGAGCUUCCGCACCAUUUUUUCGAGGCAUCUCCCAAUUCUUCUUACCCGUCUAUGUCUAUCAGUCAACGAUAUUUGGAGACGCAUGAUAUGAUCGCGCAAAGGCACUGGGUGCCCUUUCGUGCGCAUGUGACUGACUCACCUUCGACUUUUUGUGGGCACCUCCAUCUCGUCGAUCUGAAGUAGCCUUUCUCUUGUUCCCCCCAGCGUCCAUAUUGGCGUCUCUGCAAAAGGAAGAACGCGGCUGUAUGAUGAUGUACUGGAUGGACCAAGGAAUUCCCGACUGCUCG